UUGGCUGGCUCUAAUAAGAACGACGCCACUUUACGGGCGCGUCGGAGAGUUGCGCAAGCGCAUCGCAUAGCGAGUCGCGCGACCCCUGUCCGAGAGACGAUGGCGCUCAACAAGAAUCACUCGGAGGGCGGCAGAGUGCUUGUCAACAACACCGAGAGCGUCCUAAUGUCCUAUGACCAUGUGGAACUUACAUUCAGUGACAUGAGAAAUGUGCCCGAGGCCUUCAAAGGGACCAAGAAGGGCACUGUCUACCUUACCCCUUACCGGGUCAUCUUUCUGUCCAAGGGGAGGGAUGCCAUGCAGUCCUUCAUGAUGCCGUUCUACCUGAUGAAGGACUGUGAGAUCAAGCAGCCUGUGUUCGGUGCAAACUACGUCAAGGGAACAGUGAGGGCUGAAGCAGGAGGUGGCUGGGAAGGCUCUGCUUCCUACAGGCUGACCUUUACAGCAGGGGGCGCCAUUGAGUUCGGACAGCGAAUGCUCCAGGUGGCGUCUCAAGCCUCCCGAGGUGAAGCCCCCAAUGGAGCCUAUGGGUACCCUUACAUGCCCAGCGGGGCCUAUGUCUUUCCCCCACCAGUCGCCAAUGGAAUGUACCCCUGCCCUCCCGGCUACCCCUAUCCACCGCCCCCACCUGAGUUUUAUCCGGGCCCCCCCAUGAUGGACGGGGCCAUGGGAUACGUGCAGCCCCCACCGCCGCCCUAUCCUGGGCCCAUGGAACCUCCCGUCAGCGGACCAGAUGUCCCUUCCACCCCUGCAGCUGAAGCCAAGGCCGCCGAAGCCGCUGCCAGUGCCUACUACAACCCAGGCAACCCCCACAACGUCUACAUGCCCGCAAGCCAGCCGCCACCACCACCCCCGUACUACCCUCCGGAAGACAAGAAGACCCAGUAGAGCCCUCCCUGCCUCCUGCCACCCAUCCUUCCUCCCUGCCGCUCUCCGUGGGGCUGAGACUGGCCUGGGGGAGGCGCUGGGAGGGCUUUGAUCUUCCUCCCCAGCUGAUGAUAAAAACACUUACCAGGAAGAAGCGUCCGAGGAAGGGAGGGCCCUGUCUCUGGAGAGUCCCCCCCAGCUCCCCGCCUGAGCUCGUCCACAACGCUGCUCAGCCAGGCUUCCCAUUUGCCGCCUCCAGGGCUCCCCUUGGGAGCCUGGUGUGCCCCUUGUUCCCGUUUCACUCGUGGCUUCUCCCCACGGAGGGCCUCUCUGACCACCUCCUCCACCCCAGGCCAGUCUCUCGUGUCGGUAACCGCUUUGUCCUCAGCUGCCACUAACCCCGUGAGUGUGACCAGACCAGCCGUGUCUUCCAGGCCCGGAAGGAGGCCUUGGCCUGCCCCGGAGGGCCCCUGCCAGGCCACCCCCACAUUCCGCCCUCUGGUCUGUCUCAAGCCUCCAGAGGCCACAUUCCGCUCCAGCCCAGACUCCAGCCCUGUCACCCUUGCCUGCCCGGGGUCAGUCUGUGGCCACUCUGUGUGAGCCUGAGGGCUCUGACCUGAGCCUCUGGGGUUGGGUGGUCGCAGGGCCAGGUUGCUGCGGCCAGGGAGGAGGCCCCUGUGCUUCCCUGCUGGUGUUUCCACAGUUGGUUUUGCUCUGCCUUUUCUCGUCUCUUCCCGCUAGAGGGGCUUCUCAGCCUGGAACUGGACAAUGCAUGUCCACCCCGUCACGCCGUUGGGGCUGCUGGGUGGGCUGGGGAGAAGUGCCCUGAGCCCUGGCCAUGUGUGCUGCCUGUGACCCCCGACCCCAGCCUGCCCUCUGCCCCUCAGCUUCCUGCCUGGUUGGCUGGAUGCCCCCUGGAUGCACUAAAAUUUGCUCAUUUGCUCCUGGAUUGGCCAUGACGUGAGGAGAUGGCUAUUUAAAGAGAACGCCCUAUUUAUUUGAAAAAACUCCAGUUAAUAUAUUGAUGUGAAAUAAAUCCUGUUUGCAUCAUGAUUUGUUUGCUGAAGACGUGAAGUAAAAACAAAAUAACUGGA